AUGGAACCAUUAAAAAAACCAAAGGAACAGGAAAAAAAAGAGGACGACUACAGGCAAAAGAAACAGGACGAAGCUAAGACUAACAAAAACGAGAAUGGGGAAGAACUGUCGCACGACGGCAAAAUGGAAGAAAUAGAGGAGCGAAAGAAGUUUGAGGAAGAAAUGUUAAAGAGGCAUCAGAAUCAACCAAAAAUAAACAGGUCGGGUCCCAUAACACACUCGACAUUAUUGGACAACAUACUAGAAGAAACUAAUAGAGAAGAGGAAGAGAAAGAAGGAGAUGCAGAGGAGAGGGAACCCUCGGCGGAAGCAAUAGAAGUGGAAGGAGAGGAAAAUAAAAGAGAAGAUCAAACGGAGACACACUGGCAAAAAACUGGAGAUAGCAUUCUUCAAGCCUUAUUGUUUGACGACGAGGAUUACGAAGCAAUACAACAGUCCAAAAAAAGAAAAGGGGAUAGCCUAGAGGAAAAUGAGAGAUUAAAAAAAGAGAAGAGGGAAGAGACCGCCGAAUACCCCGAGGAGACAGAAAAUGAAAGGAUCCUGAGAAAGCUAAAACAAGUAUUGGAAAUAUUAAACAAUAAAGGCCCCAUACAGGGGGAACACAAAAUAAUAGCUAGAAAUCUGAUUGGGGAAAUAUAUAAUCAGAACAAAACAGGCCUAAACCAAAGUAAGAAGACACAAGCGGAGGAGGAGAACAUUAGAUGCGAACAAUGCAAAAUAAAAAUAGAGCGAGAAAAGCAAAGAAAGGAGACUGAGAAGAUAAUUGAAGUAUUAAACAAAGGGGGGGACAUAAAUGACUUCAACCAAAUAUAUGAAAAGAGGUGGGAGGAAACAGUCUACGAAAAAACAAAAUGGGAACAAGGGGGCUUGCAAGAAACAAUAGCUAAGAAAGAAUGCCUGAUAGUAACAAAAACUGAAAUAAAAGAGGGUGGAAUAGAAAGCGUAAUACGCACUAUCAGAGAAGAAGUGCAUGAAAUCAUAGAGGGUUGUCAAGAGGGAAACGUAGAGUACAUAGAAAAUGGGAACAGAAGCUCCAUGGCAACUGUAAGGAGAGAAUGGUAUACCUAUGUCGCAAAAAUUAAGGAUCAAGGUAUAUAUGAAGUGGCGGAGAAGGCCCUAAAACAAAUUAAAGAGAGGAAGGAGCCGCCCGAAAUAAUACGGGUAGCAAUUAAUAACGAAAUAAACAAAGAGAAGGUACGAAAAGCCCUGGAAUUCGUGGGUAGGAGGGAAAAAAUAACGUGGGAGAUAAUUAUACGAGGCGAAGAAAUGGAUAAAGAAGUUAAAAACGAGCAAGAGGAAUCCCUCCUAAUUAAAACCGGGAGCAAGUCAUAUACAGACGUCUUAAAGGAGAUGAAUGCGAAAAUAAAUAUAGGGAAAAUAGGAGUGAAGGUGGAUAGACUUAAAAAAACCGAAGGGGGGACAUCCUCGUGA